CUCCGGUUGUGCAGGAAUGCUUUCAACUCCGUAGGGGCCGUGUGGUUCAACGUGCCUCAGCGAGUUAGCCUGGGGUUUGAAACUCAGUUCUCUUUCCGCAUCACAGAUCCAGUCCGGAACUGCUCAGUGUCGGCUCAGAACGCAGGAAGAUGUAUCAAUCGAGGAGGGGACGGACUGGCUUUUGUCGUACAUGACAAUGGCACUCCGUUUGCUCUCGGAGGUAACGGAAGCAACCUCGGGUAUGGGGGGAUAGACAACUCCAUUGCCUUCGAGUUAGACACGUGGUACAACGCUAACCUGGGAGAUGUGUACCUCAAUCACCUGGCGGUUCACACCAUGGGAACAGAACAGAACGAGCCGAGCCUGAGGUCUCGCAUCGCUCACACCUCAGCCUUGCCCAACCUUGCCGACGGAAACGUUCACACCAUGAGGAUUCGGUACGAGGUUUGGAUCCGUCCUGAGGUUGUGCAAGACCCCAGCUACUUUGCAAGUCCGAGGGCCAUACAGGUCUUGAAACGACGACCCGGCAACAUGCAGAUAUGGAUGGACGACCUCGACCGCCCGAUACUUUCGUUCCCCUUCAACAUUGACGAGGUGCUGAGUUUGACGUCAGGACAUGCCUGGGUAGGUUUCACCGCCUCCACAGGCUCCGUCAGUCAAGUCCACGAGAUCCUCUCAUGGACCUUCCAGGAC